AUGUCUCUUAGAAUGCUCGACGAUCUGAUAGUUCAUUGUCUAGAAGAAAUCGCCCUUGAAGGAGAGUUAGGUUGUCCUUUAGAAAAAUUAUGGACAUUUGUUCGAGAUUUUUUUGAUCAAAAAUUUAAGAAUAAGAAUGACGAUCCACAAAAUGAAAUACCCUCGUCUUUAAAAUCUUUAACAACUCAGGAAGUUCCCUACUGCGAUGAGUUCUUUAAGCAAUAUUAUUGGUUACAAUUUGUGAAUAGUCCAGAACUAAUUUAUUUCCUUGCAAAAGACUCUGAUAUAAACUCAUCACAACAGCAGAUACUAGAAAAAUCAACAAUUUAUAUUAUGAAUUUGCUUGAAGUAAUAAGUACUUACGGAGAUGAAUUUCGAAUGAAAACUACGCCGCAAUACCAAAAACGAAUCAUAUUUGGUGCUGUAGAUCCAACCCGUAAUCUAUCACCGAUCGCAUACAAUAUUUUACAACAUAUUGCAAGAACACGUUCUAUUGGUGCCACGCAAGCUGACUUGGCAAAGUUAUUAAAGAUUAAUCCAAGAUCUUUCUUUCACUAUAUUAAAGUACUUACCGAUUUAAAACUAAUAGUGAAAUUGCCAGUUGUUACCAAAGGAAUUUAUACAAAUUUAUGCAUUCUCACGAAGUGCGCUGACCAAAAUCCGGCAUAUUCUGGGAAAUCUGUAUAUCUUCCAACUAAUAAUAAUUUGUCAGCAACAAAUUCACAAACUUCCGAACACCUAUUUGAUCCGUCAGAUACUAUAAGUGAAGGCGUUUCCUUUAAUUCAGAGCUAAUAAAAGGUAGAUUUACUGAAAUCCUCGGAAAAGCAAAAAAUAAAAUAAUGAUGGCAAAAGAUUUGAUGAUUGCACUAUUUGGAGUUCAAUCGCCAACAAAGAAGCAACGUCGUUGGUUUAAUAGGACUGUAGGAAAUUUGGUAGAUCAAGGUUACAUUGAGAAGGUAAAUGUCCCGAGAAAAAAUUCUAAGCAUGUAGACAGAUGUUUAAGACUUGUUGCUAUGUAUGAAGGAAAGGACCACGACGUUGGAAAGAAUACUUCAAAUUUCGGAAAUACAUCAGAAAUCUCUGGUUCUUCAAAGGAUCGUUACGUGAAUGACAGUGGUAAUCAGUUGGGAGUAUAUGCUGAAUUACCAUUGGAACAUCAAGUUUAUCAGUUAAUACAGUCCUCAGGAGAAAAUGGAAUGUGUGCGGGAGAAAUUACGCGUGCAUUUAACAACAUGAACCACCGUAUUUUGACGAAAAUUCUUGAUCGACUUGUUAAGCCCCCGCCGGUCAAUUUGAAUCGGUUUGCAAUUAAACGGGCAGUCGAAUUUCAAGGACGAGAAAGGCGUUAUCGUUAUUUCCCCCUUCAAGGUUAUAAAAAAUUUUCACUUAAUCAUGGAAUGAAAUUAGAAGCGGGGGAUGAAUUAGAAGAGGUGGAUAAUGAAAACGAAGGAGGACAUUCACCAUUGAUCGUUUCAUUGCAUGAUCCUAUGUGGGGGGUAGAAUUAGUAGAUGGUGAACCUGAAAAAGAUGAAGACUUUUUGCCACCCAUUGAAACUAGAGAACGUCGAAGAAAGAAAAAGGUACAAUUUCAUGAGGACACUCAAACUGUUGAUGUGGAGCGAACUGUACCGAGAAAACGGGGAAGACCUCGGAAAACUGAAACAAUAACUUCUACAGAUGGGUCUACUAAACCUAAAAGUAAACGUGGAAGACCCAAAAGUACAAAAAGUAAGAAACUUUCUGCAAAGAAGCUACGAACUGAGAUCAUUUCUAAUGAAGGUACCUCAUCACCCAUCAAUAGCAAUCUGGACAAUCAAGACAAUCAGGACAAUCAGGUUCCUAUAUUCCACGAGAACGAUAACAAUGGUAACAAUGACAACCCAGUAGAGGUAGAAUUAUUCAUAGUCGAUACCCCAAGUCCUUCUAAACGAAAAUAUCCUAACGACGAGGGACAAACAGAAAAGGUUUCGAGUAGUUCAUCAAAACCGAAGCCAAGUAAAAAAAGAAAGGUUAUUACACCUGCUUCAAUUACAGCUGCACUUCGACAAAAAGUUCUUACACGGAUUUUAGAAGAACAUCAAGUUAUCGAACUUAGCGCCGAACUCAUUAAAUUAUAUCAACAAACAUUGGCCAAAGAGUCUAAUGUUGCGACUACACCACAUGUUAUCGAUAAAAAAACUCUACAAAGAGCUGCUGCUGCUAUGGAAGAAAAAGGAUUACUUAAAACGUAUAAUAUAUCAUUACCUUUGUUAAAUGGCGGCAGCAAUUCCAAGCUUCUUUUUCUUCAUCCAAAUUUAACACCUUCAAGCCCUAUAGUAAAGGAAUAUGUUACCAAAAUGUUAGAUAGAGCGAUACUUAUUGGAAGAUCAUUUAAACCAUCCAAAAUAGAAGAAGUCGAUGUUGAGGUCGAACCUCUUGAAGAAUUUCAAAGACGUGUUGCUGCUGAAGCUGCAGCCGGUGAAGCGACUAUUUCACUUGACUUAUCCUCCAUUUCCGAUCCUGUUACUAAUAAUCCCGAAUCAUAUGAAACUCUUAUGAUUUCUACUGUGACCGAGGAAGUUUCAACUGAACAUCGUAUUAACAAAAAUCUGCAAACAUCUAGUGAAAUGUGGUGGCUUCAUACAGCACGUGGUUAUGGAUGGAUUAAUGCUAAGAUGAUUCGUGCAAAAAUACUUCACCAAUAUUUGAUUAAUAAAAUUAAUAAUUCUUCAUCCGAAGAGAAUUGCAUUGAUAAGAAUUUGAGAACUUUUCAUACAGCAAUUCUGAUUCGUGAUCUCCCGCUUGAUCUAUAUCUUAAAAUUAUUGGUCAAUCAAUUCCAAGUCAAGUCCUGACUGAUUACGUUCGUUCUGGACAAAGCAUGGAUAUUAGUGUCAUCGAUCUUCCAAGCGAAUUACGUGCUUCAUUGUUCUCGGGGAAUUAUAAAUUUAGACAAAAUUUGAAAAGGUUGAUCGAUAUUCUUGUAGCUUUGCGGAUCCUUAAGCCUAUUCGUCGAGUGUUCAACGAAAGCGGUGAUCCUGUCUUGGAUAUCGGAGAUGAGGAUUCAGAAAAUUUAAAAUUUGAUCCAACCGAAUGGUCAAGUAAAAAUGCCACAGCAUGUAGUCCACCACAAACUCUCUUAGCUCCAGCAUAUCAACUUUUACGUCAUGUCCCAAUGUUUGAUUUUUCUGUCUCAGGUCCUGAUAGACCAAUAAUUCGAGAAUAUAUGCUCGAUACAAUUGAAGACGUUACAAUUUAUUGGAGUGAAUUACAAUACGUCGCACAACAAAAAAUGGCCGAGACAACAACUAAAAGCGAUGAAGAAAAUGGUAGUGACGAAGAAAUUCUUGACAUUCCAAAACAAAUUUUGCAAGUCGAAGAAUCAAAUCCCUUAAGAUUCAUUACUUCAUCACGUAAUUGGAAUGCUGGAUAUCCUUUGACAUCACGUCAGAAGAAGAGGCUCGAAUAUUAUGUUGACCGUAGAAAAUCAAAAACGCCCUAUGAUGAUGAAGUGUUAUGUCGUCAAAUUGCGCAAGAAUGUAGCUUACCUUAUACUCGUGUACGAGUUUAUUUCAAACGCAUUGAAGAUAGCUUCGAAAAGAAAAAUCGGGAAGCAAGGGCAGCUAAACAAAGAGAAAGACGACGUAGAGUUGCUAACAAGUAUAAAACCUUUACUGGUAUUGUAUCUACAGCUCAUGGGGAACCAUCAUUCAAAAAAAGAAAAUCAGAAACUUUGGUUCACAAAGUUGCAAGAAAAGCCAACGACACAUUGGGCCCUCAAUCUGGACGUAAGAGUCAUCGGGAACUUUUUAAGCAAAGGGAGUUGGCGGAUAGCCAGACUAUUGCUGAAGAAGAAAAUUUACCGAUUAUUGCUGAUGAAGAACGGUUUGAGACUCAAUAUGAAACUUUCGUAAAACGCCAAAGGCCUGUUUGGAAUCACCACGAAGAUGAACUGGUUCUUCUUUCAUAUGUCAUUCUUAGGAUUCGGGCACAAAAAUCUAGGUUCCUAUGGGGUGCUGCAACCAAGGUGUUACCGAAUAAAACAAAUGAGAUGUGUCGUCGCAGGUUAAAUGUCUUAUGCAAGAAUGCUGCUGUGCAAGAGCGCAUUAAUAUCUUGCUGAACUUGUGGCCAAAGAUAUAUAAAAUUGCAAUAAAAAAUAGUGAAAUUGUAGACGAGGACGACACCGAAAUGAUAAGUUUUGAUUUGCCCGGAUUUGUGGAAUGUUUUAUGAGAUCAUUGAAAAAUAUUCCAAACAAACGAUUGGGACCUGAUCCAGUAAUCCCACUUCCGUCUGAUGUUCAGACAUUGCAAAAGAAUUUUGUAGAAAAAUACACUUCUCAAUCUCAUUAUCAAGAUUUGUUUUUUGAAGACAAGCUUGCAGGCUGUUCUCUGAGACAAAAGUUUACCACACUCUAUUCACAUCCAUUCACCUGUCGCAUUUCUUAUGAUAAAUUGGUCGAUUAUCAUGCCAAACUAAAUGUCGAUGAUAAAGAAAUUCAACUUGAAUGCAUCCAGGCAUUAAUUAAGAUGAUUCUUUUGACACCGGAGGAUCAAUACGAUUCUUCACAUGCAUUCUCGAUUCUUAAUUCGUAUCCUGAUUCACUUGUGACACAUGCGAUAAAUAAAUUGAACGAAAUUGGAGCAAUUGUUAGAGUAAAAGGUGGAAAUGACCGAAGAGUGCCUGGAAGAGGAUAUCACGUUUCUGACAAAUUCCUUUCCGUCAUUUCGGGGACUUUACCAGAUCGACUUUUUUCACAAGCCGUUGCUUUCUAUAAAAAAUUUAAGUGUUCGGUAAUUUUUGAUCAAUUUGCAAACAGCGGUGACAUGGCUUGUAUAUUAGAUCUGUUUUCUUCUGGAAAGAUCUCGUUCGCUCCUGCUUAUAAAACCGAAGCCUUAUUCACUUCUUGCAUAAUUCCGAAUCAUCGAAGCAGAAAAAUUGAUCCUGCCAAGCUUCAUUUUGAUGUCAAAAUAUCUUCCAAAGAUAAUACUAAAGAAAUCACUGAUGAUUAUGAGAAAGAACGAGAUAAAUCAAAUGAACCAAACCUAGGAGAAACAGUGCAAAAGGAAUCCUUAUUGACAUUUAAAAAAGCCACCGACUUUGAAAUUCCUCAAUUGAGAACGAAACCUGAGGCUCUUAUUGCUUUUCAGAAACUACUUUCUGAACAUGAUGCGGAGACUCAGUCUGGUCUUCGUAAAAUAUAUAAUACUCUUUCAAUGGAACGUGUGGACCUUUCUGAAGAUAAAUUUUUGCGAUACGUAUCGUUACUGGAAUCAAAUAAACCAAGUUUAAUUAUGAAAGUUGGAUAUGAAGCCGAUAGAAUUGUCUGCAGUAAUUAUGCGAGAUUUUGGUUGAUUAAUACACAGCGAACUCCCAUCUAUCGAUCUAGAAAACAUGCAAUUUACGAAAGCGUGGAAUUUGAUAAUGGGGAUGAUUUAAUGGGAAAUUCGCCACUAUCAUCUGGUUUUUUUAAUUCUAAAAGAAGUAAUCUUGAACCAGCCGAAUCAUUCGCGCCUACUAGAAUGUGGUAUGACAUCAAUGGAAAUUUCAUUGAGUCAGUUUUUCGUGGUUGUCUUGAAGCUGUGCUUAGUGUUAUUGUUCAGAAACCUGGAAUUUACGAAUCCAAUAUUUAUCGUAAACUUUCAUUAGUAAUGUCGCGUUGUGAAAUUGAAGAUGUACUAGAUGAAUUGGUUCACCGCACUGCUAUUGCUAAAAAGGCCAUAACUAAACCAAAUAAAGUUACAUUGUUUUCAAAACCGAGAGAAUUUACGGAAUGCGAUGUGAAUUCCCUCAAUCCCAAUAAGAUAACUUGCUAUUGGGCCAGUCCUGGUUAUUAUUUGAAAUGUGUUCCUAGUGCAGAAGAUUAA